CUCAAAUCUGAAAUGACAACGCAUCAAAACCCUAAGUCAGUCCUCCACUCCAUCUCCAAGCUUGUGUAUUUAAUGAAGUUGCUACAGUUUCAACCCAUUCAGGCUUUGUUGAUGAAUUUUUUUAUUGAUUGGGAUUUCAUACACGCCAGCUCUUGGCAGUGUGUUUUUCAUUUGGUUACAAUUGUUUCUUGAACCACAGCUCCAAAUUGGUUCAUUAUUAGGGUUUUCGAGGCCUUAAUUUUUUGGGUUUUCUUACUAGCUUCUACUUCUAUGCGAUUUUUGUUACGUUUUAUUUUUUUUGGAGAUAGAAAAGACCGUGCUAUGAACUGAGUUUCAUCUUUUCUAUGUUUUUGGGCUUGUUUUCAUCUAAAAGCAGAAAUCUUUUUGUCAGAGGCCUUCAUUUUGCUAAGCAAUCCACACGCCCUAGUGCUGAAGAUAUAAUCUUUAGCGCUGUCUGUGUGAAUAUAAGGCAGAAGAAAUGGAAGUUCUUGGACCAACUGUCUUCGAGUCUCACAAAUUCUCUGCUUUCUCGUGUGUUUCUAGAGUUUCAGAGCUCCCCGCAGCUGCUUUUAGAGGUCUACCGAAGAAUUGGAGGACAGAAAGCCAUCUUGGAUUCAUUAGAGUCUUGUUGUAUUGUGGUACAUGCGAUGGUGGACCAAAGGAACUAUGACGAAGCAGUGUGCUUGAUGAAAGAAUUGAUGAUGUCAAAAGGCUAUUUGUCUUUAGAGGUUCUGGAAGCCCUAAUCAAUAGCUUGAGUGUGUGCUCUCCAAGUAAUGCUGUUUUUGAUGCAUUGAUUAGGGCUUGUACGCAAACUGGGGCAACUGAGGGUGCAUAUGGAGUGAUUAAGAAAUUGAGAAUGGAGAACUACUGGGUUUCAAUUCAUGCAUGGAACAAUUUCCUGAACCAUCUCUUGAAGAUAGGUGAGGUUCGGAGGUUUUGGAUGGUUUACAGAGAAAUGAUUUCAUAUGAGUAUUAUGAGAAUGUGAAUACUUUUAAUCUGCUAAUUUAUGCUUUUUGUGAAGAAUGUAAAUUAUCUGAAGCAAUUUCUGUGUUCUAUAGGAUGCUGAAGAGGGGGAUUGUGCCUAAUGUCAUCGGAUUCAAUAUGCUCAUUAAUGGGGCUUGUAGUGCAGAUGACCUCGAUUUAGCAGUAAAGCUUCUUGAGAAAAUGGGAGCUAUGUCGGGAGGCAUUGUAUCCCCUAAUGCAGUUACUUACAAUUGUCUCAUCAAUGGUUACUGCAAGAAAGGCAAACUGGAAAUUGCGAAAAGAAUUCUAGCUAAAAUGAUAGAGAUGGAUGUGAAGCCUAAUAUAAGGACUUAUGCAACACUGAUUGAUGGGUAUUUGAGGAAUGGGUAUCUAGAGGAGGCAUUUAGGCUAUGCAAUAACAUGGUGGAAAGCGGGUUGAUCCCUAAUGCAGUCAUUUAUAAUUCAUUUGUACACUGGCUUUACGUGGAAGGAGAUAUUGGUGGAGUUGCUUUGUUAUUGUCUGAUAUGAUGUUGAAAUAUAUAACCCCUGAUCGGUUCACCCAUUCUAUCAUUGCAAAGGGAUUAUGUAGGAAUGGACAUGUAAAUGAAGCUAUAAAGUUCCACAGCUGGUUAGUAGAAAAGAAUCUUAUGGAAGAUGCUUUCCUUCACAAUAUCCUCAUAAAUUAUCUUUGCAGAAUUAAUAAUACAUCUGGAGCCAAACAACUGCUCUGCAGCAUGUUUGUUCGUGGUUUAAUUCCUGACCAGGUCACAUAUGGUACCAUGAUCAAUGGAUACUGCAAAGCAGGUGAAAUGGAAACUGCAGCUAAGGUUUAUACCGACAUGGUUAAGGUGGGCAAGAAUCCAAACUUGGUGAUUUUCAAUUCCCUUUUAGAUGGUUUAUGCAAAGAGGAAUCUAUAGAUUGCUCGAGGUUUUUGGUAGAUGGGAUGAAAAGGAUAAAUAUGUAUGACGCUGUCACAUAUAACACUUUGUUGGAUGGCUAUUGCCGCGCUGGGAUGAUCAAAGAGGCAUUUGAGUUGUUUACAAGUAUGAGAAAAGCAGGCUUCUUGGAUUUGGCUCCGGAUUUUAUAACCUACACCACCUUAGUGACAAGCCUUAGCAACAAGGGAAGUUCUGAAGAAGUCGUCAAAUUGCAUGAUUAUUUGGUCCUCCAGGGUGUAAUCCCAGAUAGCCAGACAUAUGAAGCAAUUGUUAGUCCAAUUAUUAAAGAUCUGGCCCAUGAGUUUGAGUAAAGCGCGGGUGAUCAUGGGUGAAUAUAAGUGUGUUAUACAUGUACUUGAUGUAAAGCCACAAUUCUAUUCCAAUAGAAACCCGAUACAGAGAUUUUCACUUCCCAACAAUCAUGCAUGUUAUGUUGAAAAGAAUCGGUGAUACCUAAUUGCUUCUUUGAAGGGAGGACUUCUUCAGACAUUUUCAGAGAAUUCUAAUGUAG